CUACCACCUCAGCCCCUCAGAACCCCCUGACUUCCCCCCAUGCGGCACCCCAGGCUGCCGUAUCGUGGAUGAGCAUGGCAUGGGGGAAGACCAGGGGCCUCCAGCAGCUCUUCACCAGCAGUUUGCCCAGAGAAUUCACCGGCAUGCAGUCCCCAACUCAACCGCAGGCUCAGACCACAACGCAACCACACACACCGUCACUGGCUAGGAUUGUGAUGCAAACUCAGAGACAGAAUGCAACACAACCACAAACGACAAUGCCACCACAGGCUCAGACCACAACACAACCUCAAUCACAGACCACAAUGCAACCCCUGACUGCUAAACUACUGGAGUCACAGAAUACAGUGAAACCACCACAGACAGCAGCACAAGCCCCCACACAGACCACAAAACUACCAGUGACACAGACCACAACGCCACCACAGGCUCAGACCACACAGCUACCAGUGACACAGACCACAACGCCACCACAGGCUCAGACCACAAAGCUACCAGUGACACAGAGCACAAAACACCUGCAGACUACCAAAACACCACAGACACAGAACGGAACACAACCACAAACAAUGACACAACAAUCAACACAGAACUCAAAACCAUCAACACAGACGUCCAACCAAAUCAACACUCGAGCAGCACAACCAACCGCUACUCAACCUCUAGCCCAGUCUACACAAUGCUCCGUGUCUCAGGUGACCCCACAGUCCAGCCGACGAGCAAACCAGCCCACCCUGUGCUCCACUCCACAGACCCAAGCUCAGAUAACACUACAGAUCGCCCCAAUGGGUGCAACUUCCGCUCAGCCCCCUUGGAGCGCACUAAAUCUAAACCCUAUCCCCCAGCCCAAACCAGCCUUAGCUCCAACAACAACCCCAAUCCAACUCCUAGUGAGAGGUGAGAAGAUCCCUGGCGACCAGAGGAAUAGUGAGGGGGCGGCUGUGUCAACAGAGAAGAGGGUGGACCGGGACAGGCCAUCGACUGUGGGAGGGACGGCAGCCUUUUUGGAGAAACGGGCAGAGUGGACCCCUCCUGGUGGAAGCAAGGUAGAGCUCAGGAGAACCAGGACCCCACCUGAGUCUCAGCCCACGGCUGAAUUGGCCGCUCCUCCCAAAUCCACACCCAGUCACAGAGAUGCUAAAGAUGCUAAACUCGACAGGAGGCCAGAAUCGAGCCCAACCAUAGUGGCAGGCAGACUUGCAGACCGAGAGGACAAAUGGUUGAGGAAAAACAUGCCAACUUCAUUGUCUCCUUCAUCAUCACCUUCGUCAUCAUCCCCCUUGCAGACCAUUUCUGACAGCGGGGGUCAGCCAUCUUGGAUGGAACUGGCCAAGAGGAAGUCAAUGGCCUGGAAUGACAAGACCAUGGACUGAUAGAAUAAGAAAGAAAGGAAGGGGAGUGUCGGGAUAUGUACUGUAUAUAUAGAGAGAUAAAAAGAGAAGUGGGAGUUCCUUAUUUGAAUGCACUUAUUGCUAAUUGCUCUGGACAAGAGCUCCAUUGUAAGUUGUGAGAGUGACAGAGGAGAGGAACAUCAACAAUGGUAGUGAUGGGAAUGUAUAGAGACUGAAGGACAAAGUGAGAUGUUGAGUUCAUUGAAGUGGAAUUUAAUUGACCUUGGAAGCAACAGCUAUUGGCAAAACAUGCUUCCCUUGAAUGUACAGAUGUGCUGUGUUUGCAAAACAAUGUUUGUAUUUCAUGUUUCUUGUAUGGGAUAACUAUGAAGCUGAUUGGUUUCCUGUCAAUAAAUUCUUAUGUUUUGUUUUGAUCCAAACAUAUUUUUUUCCCAAAGUAUGGGCUUAUGUUGGAAAUAAUAUUGUUUGAAUUAUCUAUGAAUGCUUAAUCAGAAAUACAUUAUUUAUAUGAUACAGUAGUUGUCUGUAAUAAAUGUUGAUGUAUCGGUG